CUCCCUCAUUCGCCCCCAAAUCAAAGACCCCUCCGAAGUUAAACACACAGGGGAAAAGUCAUGGCGGAAAAUGCAGAACUUGUGUUUUUCGACACUUUUUCUCACGAAAGCUGCGAAGAGAUAAAUCUGGACCUUGUGCAAUUCCCAAACAUAGUUUAUAUCACAGAAGUUCGCAUUAUUCCUUUGGGUGCUCGGGUCCAAGCUGAUUUUCCUGGUGGAGUCCGAUUAGGAGCCACAAAUCCAUCUCAGUUUGAGAUAGAAUUUUUUGUUAAUGAUCUUGAAAAGCCUGGUGCCUGCACUUUUGAAAGCUUGGGUGGAUUUGAAUAUAAGCAAAAUGGAAGUAUUCAUCUUGAAUGCAAACGAAAAAAAGUACCCACCGAUGGCUUGGUUUUACGUGGCUGGUAUACUACAAUUACUUUGGCUGUAUAUGGAAUUCCAAGGGAUGCAAUGCAAGAGCAGACUCCAUCUGCUAACACACAUUCCCAUUCGCAUCUCACUUUACCACUGACAUCGGAAGCACUUCCUCCCCCCGAAGCAGUACCUGCCAGUGCUGCAACUCAGGAGUGGGUUCAGCAACAUGCCCAGGUUGCAGAAGCAGAGAGAGCCUACAUGGUUGAAUCAAGCCAUAGUAGGGAUCCUUACAAUAAUGGUAGUUAUCAAAAUGAUCAGCAUCAAUCUAUUUCUCUUGGACCUCCAUCCGGAGACUACACAAACAUGUCAUCUGGUCACAAUUAUCAUGAGGAAUGGAACCAUCAAUCAAAUCAUGGACCACCAUCAUCAAGGUCUGGAGUGAUUGUGUCUGCUGAGGGAUAUGACACAUCUAAGGAAACUCCACACUCUUACGAUACAGAGCCUCUUCCAUGGGAGAGUUCCAACUCUCGUUCAGAAGAUAAGCUGCCAUGGGAGAGGGACAGAGAACGCAAGGAGAGAGACCGUGAACGAGAUAGAGAACGCGAGAGAGACAGAGAUCGUGAUCGCGAAAGAGACAGAGAUCAUGAGCGCGACAGAUUACGUGACAGAGGUAGAGAAAGAGAUAGAGAUAGGGAUAGAGAUGUGUACAGCAGAGAACGAAGUAGAGAUAGAAGCCGUGAUAGGUCCCCUGAUAGAGACUGGGAGGAUCGACGUAGAGAUGAUAGGGAAAGGAAUAGAGACAAAGCAAGAGAUCGUAGUAACAGUGGAUCUAGAGACUAUAAUAGAGCUUUAUCACGUGACCGUGAUAGAGACCGUGACUCUGAGUGGGACAGCAAGAGGAGAAGUGGAGAAUGGAGCAGCAGAAGAGAGCGAGAUCAUGACCACCACAGGUCAUCAAACUCAUGGGGUGAUCGCUCACCUGAUGAUCACCAUCGCCUUGCACCUUAUGUGAGUCAUCGAGACAGAAAGCAGCGAGAUGGCUCCUGGGAACGUGAGCGAGACAGAGAUCGAGAUCGAGAACGUGAUCGUGAACGGGAUAGAGAAAGGGAUAGAGAUAGAGGAUCUCUUCAUGGUGGAGAUUGGGAGGACCGUGAACGAGAUGAAGCACCACCAAGUAGGAAACGUCCCAGAACUCCACCCAAUCCGCCCCAUGUGCCCCAUAAAAGGCCCCACACACCUCCUGAAGAAAAGCCUCAGCACUCACCUCCUCUUCCUCCUCCCCCAUUACCUAAAAACGUUGAAAUUGUAUCACCACCUCCAUCAGCUGUGCAGUUUGGGUCUAUUUCCCCUGGAGACGUGGAAUCGAUAUCUGAGGGAGAGAUACCAGAAGGAGAUCCUGAUGCAGAAACUGAUAAUGCUCAUCCAAGCAAUGAUGCAUCAGAAGGCCCCUUUGUUACACCUCAACUCACCAAAGAUUCUGAUAUGAUUGUGGAUAGUUCUUUGAUUGACGUAAUCCCUCCUCCUGAACCAAUGACUGACACACCAAUUGGCUCACCAAGUCAGGAUAAUUCUACAGAAAAAGAAGAGCUAGUAAACAAUGUUAUGAGACCACUGUCUGUGGAUCCUAUGACUGAUGAUGCUCGUGAAAGAGAAGCUGCCGCAAACCUGGCCUUGUUUGCUGCAGGGGGCGACCCCUCGGUCCUUGCAGCUGCCGUGGCGGCGGCAGCCGCUGCUACCCGCCCUCCUCUCCUGGCUACACCCAGUCCACUUCCUUCCCCAGCAGCCUCUGUGUCCUCCACAGCUUCUGCGUCAGCUUCGACUGCCCGGAUGACGGUGAUUGCAUCUGUGUCAUCCCCAGUUAAACUGCCCCCUACAACCACUCCUUCCCAAACGUCUUCCCCCGUGCCACCAGCUGCUGUUGCUCCCCCUCCCCCUCUCACUUUGGCCUCAUCAACUCCAUCUGCUCUCCCUCCAACAUGCCCUGUACCCACAGCUGUAGUCAACACAUCUUCUGUUGUUAAUUCUCCUUUAAACCAUGAUGACGCCAGUCUUGAUGAGGAACAGUUUGAACCUAUACUGAGUGAUGAAGAUAUUGAAGACGAUGGACAGUUUCAGGACAUGGACUUCUUUUCUGAAGACUCUGAAGAGCUCAUCAAAGUAUUUAAUCCAUUCCAAUUUGAACUGCAGCCGCUUGUGUUCCUGAAAGACCCUUCAAUCUCAUCAUGUGAAGCGGAGUUCAUCAGACGGCAGCAGAAACAAUUACAACAACAAAAGGAUGAAAAAGACUCAAAAAAGAAUUCUAAAAAUUCCACUUCAGUCCAAGUUGAAGCUGAUGCUAAAGUCGAAGGUAUUCCUGAUGAGACACACAGACUGGAGGAUAUUGUUCUACAAUUUGAAGAUGUUUCAACCAAAAAAGAUGUGAAAGAAAGUUGGGUCCAUGCAGCUGAACAGGCGUGCAACUUAAUUCUUCCUGGCCUUCCAUUCACUCAAAAGAGAAUAGGUAUUAUCAAACGUCUUAUAUCAUGGGUCAAAGUAGGUUUGAAUUUCAACAUGGCUGUUCGACAACCACAACCAGGCUACAAAAUUCGCCAUAUCAAAGUUGGAGUAAGACUGGCCGAAGUACUUUGUAUAUGCAGUGGAGCCUUAGCUGAACUUCUUAUAGUUAAUGAACAAAUUCAUCAACGUCUUCUACGACUAUAUCACCAAGACUGCAUGUCUUUGUCUAUUCGGUUGAUGAUUCUUAGAGCUCUAGAUGCCAGUCUCCGUAACAAGUUUGCUGUUGAACACUUUCUUGUAUUGCGGACGUCUAUACCUCGUGUCAAUGGCUUAAAACUAGCUGAUAGACUGAAAUCUAAAGCAAAUACUUCGGAGGAUAUUAAACCCAAUAUUGGUGAGGAUAAUAGUUUGGAUGUCCAUGAUAGUGAAAAAAAUACGAAGGUGGAGGCAGGUGUACUGGAUGAUUCUUUUGCUGUGGAGAUCAAACAAGAAACUAGGAAGGAUGAUGAGUUGGUGAAUGAAAGUGAUGAGAAAGAAGAAAGGGAAGAAAUGGAAAUUAAUGAGAAGGGUGUCAGUAAGAAUACUGAAUCAGAAUUGAACUCAGAAAACAUUCUUGGGUCAAAGACUUCAGACUCAAAAGAAGAAACAUCAAAAGAAAGAGAGAAAGAAACCAUUGGAAAGCAGACAAACAAGAGAGGAAACUUUCAAUUCAAGAAAGUUGUUGUUAUGGUAAAUGGGAAGAAGACAGUUCGCUUGGUUAAAAGAAGAAUUCCAGUAAAUGGUGUGAAAACUUAUGUAGGUCUUAAUGGAUACCAAGCAUUGUUGCUGAUGUUUAAGACUGAAAAACUCUCACGUACAAAAUUUGCAUUGUGCAAUUUAAUCCGUAAAAUACAUUUUUAUGAAAUGUUAGAAAAAUUCAAAAGUACAGUGAAAUUAGUCAUUGGAACCAAUAUCUCUGGUAGUCGUGAUGCAGUGGAGAGAAAAAGGACUACAAUGGAUGGGCUUAUAAAACCUCUGGCAGAGAAUAAUGAUUUGAGUGUUUCUUCAGACCAUGAAGUUAUUGAUACUCUAGUGGCAUGUCUCUCUGAAAUUACAUCAAUUUAUCAGCAAGCUCCACUUAUGCUGAGUCAGCCAAAGAGAUUUCUACCAGGUCACGCUCAAUUUGACUUUGGUGCAUGUUGUCAAGAAGAUCAACGUCCCUAUCCUGCAUUAUUUUCAUUUUUUCACUGCCAUAACUUUUUAGAAUGUUGUAAUGUUCUUCUUACAUCACCUCAGACUAUGAACUGUCAAAGUGUAGUAGGUCCUGUUUAUGACAUAAUCAAAGCACUUGCUGAGUCACAAGCUGGUCUUCAGUAUCUGGCUACUCAUAUUGAAAGUACUAACAUGUUGCUGCGUAUCCUCCUCCAGCAAUCCUCAAGUGAUGAGUUACUCGAUGAAUCCAACAUUUCUCCAUCUUCUUCUCAAUUCCUGGGAGUGUGCAUUGCCUAUCGCUUGCAAGCUCUUCACUUUCUUGACCAGAUUCUUGAAGCUCUUUCAUCUGGAAAUGCAGACCCAGAACGUCAAGAAAUUUUUGAAAAUUUGUUGGGGUUAUAUUAUCUUAGUUUCUCCAACAAUGGAAAAUCCUCUGUGAUACAUAUUCUUAGUAGAGGAGAUUUCAUCCAAAUACUCCUGGAACUACUCAAAUUCAGUCCUCCAGAUACAGACAUUAAGUAUAGAUAUCCUGGAAAGAAUUUUGUUGAUGACUUGAUUGCUACCACAGUGAAGUUCAGUGAUAGUGGCACAUUCCUUCAACAGUUUGGCUUGCAAAUUCUGAAAGUGGCCAGGAAUUCAAACACUGUGUUGAAGGAAGUGGUACCUUUCUUACAAGUUAUUGAAAACCAACAACUGUUUUCUUAUGAUGACAUUGUGCCUUUAUGUGAAGUAAUUAAGAAGAACAUAGAGCAAACUGCAUCUUUACCACCUGAAUUAAUCACGGCCCUCAGGAUUUUGAAGCAUCUUUCUAUGCCUUCACUGAGCACAGAAAAUGCAAUAGAUAAUAAUGCAAACUAUCAAUAUUCUUAUUUGGAGCUCAAGUAUAAAUAUGUUUUACUUGAACUGUUUUCAUUGGAUGGUGUUUCCCAUUUGACAUCUAUCUUGACUCGAAUAUGUGAAAUGUACGAUCAGCCUUCCCUUCACGCAUCUGCAUUUUUGGGAUCAAAAGGAGCUACUAUAAUGUCAUUUGUGCUUCCAGCUCUUGAGCUGCUGAGACAGAUGUUGACUCUAGUGAUACAGUGUCGUAACACUGACUUCCAAGACUUGACUGCCAUUAAUGCAAUUCUUCAAACCUACACCCUUCUUCAUGCUUUCCCUAGCAGUGCAUUUGCCUAUGCCGCAGCUCAACAAGGCUGUCGUGAAGUGAUUGAAAUUCUUCUUGCAUAUACUCAGCCUGUGCAACCUGCAUCUUCUUCAGAGAAAGAAGGGCUAAAUAACAGCCUGUGGACUUUAAUGAUGGCUGAAGUAUUAAAAUAUAUAACAACAAAUGCCCAUACUUUCAUGUCAGGAUUGCUCAUGCUCUCAGAACUGCUCCCAUUACCCCUACCUGUGCAAACUCGUACUCCAUUACCUGUUGAUGAAAUUGCUCAGACCAUGACAAGUCGACGACUGUGGUGUGCCCACUUGCACUCCCUAAGCUCAACGAUAGGAGAUCUGAUAUCCACAUUAUGUGGAAGCUCUUGUCCAUCGUUACUCCAGCUUCUGAGAAGAGUCUGUGUACAGUUAUCUGAUUUAGCUGCGCCCGCAGCUCUUGUUGUCGUGCGAUCGAUUCUGGAUGCAAUUCUUGUGAGCUUGAACAUUCAUCCUAAAGUUCACCCAGUUACGCAGCCACCUGAAGGGCCCUGUUCUAGCCAUACUGCUCGGCUGCUCAAUUUUCUGGCCUGUCUCAUCACUCAUGCAUCCGUAAAAUGCGCUGUGUUAAAUCUUUUCUGUGCUGGUGUUCGGGGGAGCGGGCUAAAGACAGAUGAACGGUUCCCACAACUUGUCAGUCAUCUGUGUCGCAUUCUCCGUACUCCGUAUGACUCUCCAUCUCAUGUUCAAGCCCAGGAGUGUGUGGUUUCUAUUAUUCAAUCCUUAUGUGAUGUUGAUAUAUCACUCAUGCCACCUCCUGGUCCUGGAGAAGACUCCUCUAUCUCGCCCCAGCAGUUCUUUGCCUCUGCACUUCCACCAAGAGAAAUUUUGCCUACAUUUUGUGCUGUAUUAUUAGAACACAUGUCAAACCCACAACAUUCCUUUACAACUCUUCUACCAACUGUCCGAACCUUCCUCAUGCUUGCUGAGCAUGAUUAUGGCUUCUACCAUUUAAAAAGCUGCUUGCUCAAGAAGCCUGACGCCCUUUGGAACUUAUUCUGCAAAUUUUGUACAUCAUUUAGCAAAGAUUCAUCUGAUUUGCUGUCAACUCUCUCUACCUCAUUAGAACUCCUAAGAGUAUGCAUAUUACCUGAAGGGGAAUAUUCCGACUCUGAUAUAACAUCUCUACGCAAUAAGCUGGCAGCCAAAUCAAUGAAUAGUCCGCAUCGUACUGUUCAUCCAAAGGAAAGUGAUCACAUCAAAGAGGAAACUGAAGCAAUGGAAAUUGAUGUUCCACUUGCAAGUUCUGGGACUAACCAACUCUCACUGUCCAUAAGCAACCAGUCUAUUAAGGAAGAGCAAGAUGAACUUGGUUCUAAGAAGAAAGCAAAUGUGAUAACAGAUCAGAUAUUAGAGCAGAAUCCUCAUACAGAAUUUCAAAAUCCACUUCCCAACCAUCAACCCUCUCAUCUUCAUCAUGCUGUCCCAACCAAAGCUCACAAUAAUGAUCUCGAUUCAUCCAGUACCAUUGGGUUGCCUGCAAGAAAGUUAGUGCUUAGUGUACCUGAAUUAUCAAUUGUCAUAGGGUGGCACCGGACAGACCUUCCCUUUCCUUUUGAUGAUCCUGAAAACAGUGAAUCAUCAACAAAACGCCAUCCAAUUUCACACCUAGAAAAAUUGCUCAGAGAAUUUUGUGCUGAUGAGUCCUUGGAAAGUCUUCAUGAAAAUGUAAAUGGGCUUCUUCGAAUUUUGGAGGAUGAAGGCAACUUGCCAAUGGAACCAAAAGCCUCAGAAGUUGGAGAGGUUAUUCUACCACCACCUGAAACCUUGUUAACACAAUUCUCACUCCGACCUGUGUUCACAAUUUGUGAGUCUGAUGAUGAUAGGCUUAGUCUGGGAUAUUGGCUGUCCAUUCCAACUUCAGAUGAAGGAGACCAAGAUACAGAGCAGGUGGCAUGUGAUCUUCUGGACUUCUCACGGGAGCAUAUACGUGAUAUGCAUUUUCUGGCAGAGUCUGUUAGGUUGUGCCGCCUCCGAGCUGGUCUUGGAGAAGAUGUUGAUAUAGAUCGAAGUGAAGAGAACACUAAAAAACGAGUAAUUGGUGAAGAUGUGAAAUAUGUAAGCUCAGACAUUAAGACAAGGCGUCCCUUUGUUACACCGAUGCGCGGGCGAGGUUUCAGUCGCCCUGUCCAACAACGUGGAGAUCUAUUUCGAUCAAGACCUCCCAACACUUCUAGACCUCCAUCUUUGCACGUUGAUGAUUUUGUUGCUCUGGAAACAUGUGGAGCCCAACCAACUGGUCCCACAGGGUACAAUAAGUUGUCUAUGAGAGCAGCCAAGGACAUGAUGGCUACUAGGUCAAGAGGCCGAGGUCGUGGAUUUGGUUCAGAACGAGGAAGAUUUUUUGGCUCUAAUCAUCAAUACCGACGGGAAGGUGGUCUUCGUGCUUCUAACAUUCGCGGUGAUGGGCCAAACUCAUGGGUUCCUCAUGAUAAUCCCGGACAAAUGGGUGGCAUUGGUCAGCGUCAAUUCCGUGCCAUUGAUCAGGGCAGAGAAGGACGAGUUAUGAGAGAGGAAAAAUUCGGCUCCUCCUUGGCUGGUCGACUUGGAGGCUUACGGACUGGUGGUCUUAACUGGCCUGGUGGGAAAGAAGGAGAUAGGUUCAAUCGAGGUCCAGGCCCUAUGGGCCGAGGAGGUGGUGGCAACAGUCGGCGAGACUCUGGAAGGCAUCAGCGGACGUUUACUCGAUGAGAAGUCUAGUCAGUUAGCAGCAAGUGUGUGAAAAACAAAUUUCACGUUACAUUCUUUGGUUGUGUGGUGAAAUCUUGAUCUAGCUGGACAAAUUGAUAUGUAUUCAUUAUUAUUCUUCAACAAAAUCAUGUUUGACUGUUACUGCUGAUGACACAGUUACAAAAGUUAGAUCAAGAAUUCACUGCCUGUGACUGUGUUGGUAUUCAUUCUAUUUUUGAAAGCAUCAGUUUUGUUUUCCAUUUAUAUUUUAUUAUUUUGGUGAUCAAUUUAAAAGUUUUCUACCAUUUACUAUUCAGUGGUGCUACUAAUGUAAUGUACAGUAAGUGAUGCCUGAAAAUGCUUUACAAUCUGGCGUUUGUUUUAGGUUAAUGUGUUAUGGUUCUGAAUCAGUUUCAAUCAACUUGAAUUGAUUGCUGGAAAUAAUAUGAAAAGUUUGAAUCUUCAUAUUUGUUACGUACAUAAUUGCUUUGCUGACAAUAUUCUUGUUUUAUAAGGAUCAAAGUAAUCUAUAUUGAUAGAUAGAUAGAUAUAUACAAAUAUAUAUGUGUGUUAGAUGUUAUGCAGUCUGCAGUAUGUAUAGAUGACCAUUCAGUAUUGAAUUCAAUAAUUAAUGAAUAACCUUUUCUCAAUGUGUGGUAAAGUGGGUUUCAGGCCAUCUAUCUUUAGGAAUAAUUGGAACAUUUGAAAUAGAUCAAUUUUAAGGACAGACUCUCUGAAACUUACUCCAAUAUUAGUAUUGUGUGAUAAUGUUCUAUCAUCAAAAUGUGAUACCUUUAAAGAAGCAUUCAAGUUAUUCCCAAAUGUUGAGGACAGCACAGAAGGUGCAAGUCUAGUCAAUAAAAUACUUAUCAUUCUGAAUGUACUGU